AAAGCAGAGUCAUCUUGUCUUUUACAACAGGAGGAGUUUUACAGGCACGCUGGCUUUUGGACGCACACACACACACACACACACACACACACAGGCAUAAUCCUCCAAACAAAGACACUCUUUCAUCAUUUUAGUCAAGGUAUAGACUUUUAAACAGCAGCCGGGUUGUGCAUAGAUUGUUUUACAGUAUAAGCUAUUGAAUAAUUCUUUACUAGUGGAUGAAUGUGUUCUCGUGAUUUAAAAGUCAGAAAGCUCUUUGGAUUUUUGCAGAGAAUUUGUGAAAGUGCAGAGCCAAGUCAGUGAACCUUUUUUUGUCAGUUCUCCAGCAGACAGAUCUUGAAGAAGGGAUUUCCUGAGCCAAAACCUCCAGAAGGUCAUGAUGAAUGAGCACGGCUUGGCCAUCGAUUUGCUGCUCAUCUGCAUGUCUUGUGGAGCAGCAAGUGUACUUUCAGCUUUUAAUUCCACCGUCUCUGCUCCACCGUCCAUCAGUUUCUCUGACAAUAACUCCAAAUAUCACAUGGACCAUGUAAACUUUCCAAAAAACAGACGAAAGAGGUACAUUUCCCAAGACGACCAGCUGGCCAUUCUCGAUUACCACAAUAAAGUUAGAGGAAACGUUUUUCCACCGGCUUCCAACAUGGAAUACAUGGUCUGGGAUGAAACCCUCGCUCAGAGAGCAGAAGAGUGGGCUUCUAUGUGUCUUUGGGAACAUGGCCCUCGCAAUCUUCUCAGGUUCCUCGGGCAAAACCUCUCUGUACGAACUGGAAGGUACAGAUCCAUCCUGCAGCUGGUGAAGCCGUGGUAUGAUGAAGUGAAAGAUUAUUCUUUCCCGUAUCCACGUGACUGCAAUCCCAGAUGCCCUCUUAAUUGCUACGGGCCCAUGUGCACACAUUACACGCAAAUGGUUUGGGCCACGUCAAAUAAAGUCGGAUGUGCCAUCCAUACAUGUCACAAUAUGAAUGUGUGGGGCUCUGUAUGGAGGAGAGCAACGUAUUUGGUGUGUAACUAUUCAGGAAAGGGUAAUUGGAUCGGUGAAGCUCCCUAUAAAGUGGGCGUGCCUUGCUCAAUGUGCCCUCCCAGUUACGGCGGCUCGUGCAAUAACAACAUGUGUGUUCCUGCUGUGAACUCAAACUACCUGCACUGGUUUAAAUAAAUAAACACACACACACACACACACACACACACACACACUUUUUCUCUAGGCCUUGCACAACAUUCCUAAUUUGUAUAUAUGGAACUAUUUAAAAUAUAACCAUGUUUUCCAUUUCUUUUUUCUUUCUUUCUGUUUUAUUUUAAAAUGAUACAUCCCUUAAAUUAUUUUGUUAAUACAUAUCUAUACCAGGUACUGAGAUGCCAUAAAAAAAAUAAAAAAAAAAACACUAAGUAUUAUUUAAGGGUGUGUUAUAUGGCAGAAAUAUCAUAUCACAAUACUUGACCAUGUUUCACAAUACAGUGUAUGUAUCCUGAUAUUAUUUUUUUUGCUGAAUUUGGAAUACAUAACAGCAUAAUGUACUGAUGUCCAGUCAGUCACUUGCUAAUAUUAAGUUUUAGACAGUGUGGCCUUGCUGUUUGUCAUUUCAUUUGGUGUAAAUGUGUUUUAAUUACACACAGUUGGUCUACUGACUUAUUACCAUACCAUAAUACUCUUCGAAAAGAAUUGUGAGAAAAUAUCUUCGUAUCAUCACAUCAUCCACGUCGAGUGAUGCCAUUACAGUGUAAAAUUAUAUACGGUAAAGCCAUGGUAGUCAGUCUGUUUUGUUUUAUAUCAAAUGAACUGGUUGUUUUAUUUUGGUUCAGUGUAGUCUUGUGUUUUUAAACUUACACAGCACUUUGGUCAAAAAUGUAACAAGUACUUAAUUGAAGAACCCUGGACCCUCAUCAUAUUGUAUACACAGCCGACUCACAACUUUCAACGUUCAGGUCAGGAGAAUGGCAAUUCCAGUGUAGCGAGCAUCUAUCCAUCCAUCUUCGACCGUUUAAUCCUUUUCAGGGUCACGGGGAACCUGGAGCCUAUCCGAGGAGGCUUUGGGCACAAUGGACAGGGUGCCAGUCCAUCGCAGGGUACAAUCACAUACACACCCACACACCCAUUCAUACACUACGGACACUUUAGACACGCCAAUCAGCCUACCGUGCAUGUCUUUGGACUGGGGGAGGGAACCGGAGUACCCGGAGGAAACCCCCGCAGCACGGGGAGAACAUGCGAACUCCCGCCGGGACUCGAACCCUGGACGUGUGAGGCGAACGUGCUAACCACUAAGCCACCGUGCACACAGCAAGCUUCUAAAUCACUUAUAUAUUGCAUAUCAAUAUACAGUAAUAGACUUAUAAGUAGGUUACAUUUUAGUUAGGUUGAGUUAUGUUUUCCCAAAUUAUUGCCAGAACCUCAAAGUUUAAACAAUGAUCCCCAAACCACCUUUUUAAACCACAAUGCUUAUUUAAUUUGCUUAAUGUGUGAAUUAAUUACACACCUAUAAGUGCAAUCCGACGUUUAUGUCUAACUGCCUUUCAGUUAAAACUAUUUAUUGGCCAAAGUAAACUGUAAAUAUAUUUUUGUAUAAUAGUUAUUCAGUAAUUUUGUUAACAUUUUGUUUGUGUAUCUUUUUUUUUUUUUUUUUUUUUUUAAUUUAAGUGUCAUUUCUAUUGUGUUUUUAUCGUCCGUUUGUUUUAACACCCUGACGUGAAAAAUACAUGAAAACGGAUCGACACAGCAUUAGCUAUUUAAGUCCUUAAGUUUCACUGUUGAAUGAGAGUUGUCACAGUUUCAUACGCACUGACUGCUUUUAACUUUAAGUUGUAUUUAUCGUUCCCUAACAAACUGCCCUUUCUUUUGUAUUUGUAUUUUAUACUCCUGAAUAAAGGCAGACUUUUGUCUUAAACGUA